CCUUUCUCCCUUACAAUCUUUUGUGUAUAUUUGUGUCUUUGACUUGGACUCUCCGGCUAAAGAAAAAGUGAAAUGAAACAACGAAAAACCUUCAAUAAUUAAUAGCUAUCUCCUUCCCUUACUCAACCCAAACUAUCUUCAUCCCUCCUUGAGCUGAGUUUAAUAAAACUCUCGGCCUGCUCCUCCUCGGCAUGGGCGUAUCCCACCACCAUCGCCAACACACAGCUGCUGCCUUGGCCUUUCUCUUAUUUGCUUCUGUCAUUACUCUUUCUCGAUUCGGCAGCGGGUUCCAGGAGAGGGAAGGAAGUAAGAAGAGAAGCGGGUCAGGGGUGUUAGAUCGGUUCAUUGCUCAGAAACGACUCAGUGGACCUGGUUCUUCACCACCUUCCUGUAGAUCCAAGUGUGGUAACUGCUCACCUUGUAAACCAGUUCACGUUCCAAUUCAACCAGGGUUUAGUAUGCCACUUGAGUACUACCCCGAAGCUUGGCGUUGCAAGUGUGGCAACAAGCUUUUCAUGUCCUAAAAGAAAAGAAGAAAGCAAAAUAGCAGAUAGUAUACUAAAACUCUUAAGAUCUUCUGUCAAAGUAACAAUUGUUAUUAGCACUUGUUAUAUAUUAUUGCUAUUUUGGUAA